UCAAAGAACCAAUCUUUCUCUCAUUACCAGCCAUGACUACUCAAUUCGUCAUUCUCUCCCUUCUCGUCUCUUGUAAUACCCUCAUUUACGCCAAUGCCGAAGACACGGGUUUCGUGGGCUCACUAGAUCACAAGGCAUUGGGUUUAAAGAAGAAAGACAAGGUUAGCCAUUUCCGGUUCUACUUCCACGAGACCUUCACCGGAAGCAACGCCACCACGGUCUUCGUGGUUCCGCCGCUCCCCCAGUACAGCUCCACCAGCUCCUUCGGGGCAAUCGGGGUCAUGGACAACGUCUUGACGGCGGGACCGGAGCGUACCUCGAAGGUGGUGGGGAGAGUGGAGGCCUUGGCCGCUGCCACGUCACAAACGGAGUUUAAUUUAUUGAUAUUUUUUAACUUCAUAUUAACCCAAGGGAAGUACAAUGGGAGCACCAUCACCGUGUUGGGGAGGAACCGCACCUCCCUAAAGGUUAGGGAGAUUCCUGUGGUUGGAGGCACUGGGGUGUUUAGGUUUGCAACUGGGUAUGCUGAAACUAACACCAUCUUUUUUGAUCCACAAACUAGGUCUACCAUUGAGUACAACAUCUAUGUUUCUCAUUAUUAAUGAGUUAAAGCCCAAUAAAGAGACUUUCAUCAUCAAAGGUGCAAGCUAAGGGGUGCCUUGCCCAUAUACAAAAAGAAUAAGAAAGCAUCUAAAGGUUAUACCAUUCUACAUUUGUAUUGAUACGUAUGCUUUGUACUUAGUAUGCUAUGAUGUCAACAAGUUUAAUUACAUGGUGUAAAAGCCUUUGAAACUGAAUUACAUUGGAAACUUCUAUGGAAAAAUAUGGCUGGUAUCUUUAGUCUUUUUUU